CAAGUUAUUUUAUUCAUCACAUGGAUUUCCAUGUAGAAAUAACAAUAGAAGACUAAUUAGUGCUCUCCUUUGUUCAGGUCCAUCAUGAGUGAGAAAUGGGACUCAAACUCUUCAGAAAACUGGCAUUACAUUUGGAGUGUCAAUGACACAAAGUACCACCCAUACUCAGAUAUCAAUAUUACCUAUGUGAACUACUACCUUCACCAGCCUCAAGUAGCAGCAGUGUUCAUUAUUUCCUACUUUCUGAUCUUCUUCCUGUGCAUGGUGGGAAAUACAGUGGUUUGCUUUACUGUAAUGAGGAACAAGCAUAUGCACACAGUCACGAAUCUCUUUAUCUUGAACCUGGCAAUAAGUGAUUUACUGGUUGGCAUAUUUUGUAUGCCUAUCACGCUCCUGGACAAUAUUAUAGCAGGAUGGCCCUUUGGAAGCACAAUGUGCAAGAUCAGUGGAUUCAUCCAGGGAAUAUCAGUUGCAGCAUCAGUCUUUACUUUAGUUGCCAUAGCUGUGGAUAGGUUCCGCUGUGUUGUCUACCCUUUUAAGCCAAAGCUCACUAUCAAGACAGCAUUUGUCAUUAUUGUGAUCAUCUGGGUCCUGGCUAUUACCAUUAUGUCCCCAUCUGCAAUAAUGUUACAUGUACAAGAAGAAAAAUAUUACCAAGUGAGACUCAAGUCCCAGAAUAAAACCAUUCCAGUCUACUGGUGCCGGGAAGACUGGCCAAAUCAGGAAAUGAGGAAGAUCUACACCACUGUGCUAUUUGCCAAUAUCUACCUGGCUCCUCUGUCCCUCAUUGUCAUCAUGUACGGAAGGAUUGGAAUUUCACUCUUCAAGACGACAGCGCCUCACACAGGCAAACAGAACCAAGAGCAGUGGCACAUGGUGUCCAAGAAGAAACAGAAGGUAAUUAAGAUGCUUCUGAUUGUGGCCCUGCUUUUUAUUCUCUCCUGGCUGCCUCUGUGGACGCUGAUGAUGCUCUCAGACUAUGCUGACCUGUCUCCAAAUGAACUGCAGGUCAUCAACAUCUACAUCUACCCAUUUGCACACUGGCUGGCCUUUUGCAAUAGCAGCGUCAACCCCAUCAUUUAUGGUUUUUUCAAUGAGAAUUUUCACCGUGCAUUCCAACAUGCUUUUCGUCUCCAGCUCUGCCAAAAAAGAGCAAAGCCCGAGGAGACCUAUACUGUCAGAGCUAAAAACAAUGUGAUCAUAAGUACAUCUCAUCAGUUAGUCCCAGGACCUGCAAUUCAAAAUUCACAGGAGGAAAAUUUGCUUUGUAGCAAAAGUGCUGAAAAACCCAAACAAGAAUUAAUGAUGGAAGAAUUAGGGGAACUCACCCAGAGCAAGGAGAUUUUAAAAGAGUUGAUGUGAUGAUUUUAACUAUACUGUGUGUUAUAUAUAAAAAUAUUACUGCUUUCUAUAGCUUUGUACUUCAAAGAAUGUUCUAAAGAAAACAUGUACUGCAAGCCGUC